UACAGGGAUGACCAGAGACUGCGGACACGGUACAGGAGAUGACCAGAGACUGCGGACACGGUACAGGGAUGACCAGAGACUGCGGACACAGUACAGGGAUGACCAGAGACUGCAGACAUAGUACAGGGGAUGACCAGAGACUGCGGACACGGUACAGGAGAUGACCAGAGACUGCGGACACGGUACAGGGAUGACCAGAGACUGCGGACACGGUACAGGGAUGACCAGAGACUGCGGACACGGUACAGGGAUGACCAGAGACUGCGGACACGGGAUGACCAGGGACUGCGGACACAGUACAGG